AUGUCUGCUUUUCUCGGUAUCCCACCUGCAGUGCUUACAGAUUCUUAUAAGCCUACUCACGCGUUUCUGUACCCUGACGCUAUCAAGAGUGUAGCGUAUGGUGAAUUUAGGAGCGGGUAUAAUGGUGACAAAGAGGACACUCGCUUAUUAUUUUAUGGGAUCCGAUAUAUAAUUGAAAAUUAUAUUUCGGUGAAAUGGACUUUGCAAGAUGUUGAAUUGGCAGAAAAAUUUUAUGCAACUCAUAAUGCUGGUUACUCUAGCUUUCCUUUUCCAAAAGAAUUGUUUCUCAAGUUUAUUAAAGAAAAUGAUGGGUACUUUCCGGUAAAAAUUGAAGCAUUACCGGAAGGUACUGCUUGCCAUGUGCAUACACCUGUUUACCAGAUUACAGCAGAGAAAGAAUAUUCAUUGCUGGUUACAUUCUUGGAAACAUUGAUCACAAUGUCUUGGUAUCCUACGACUGUGGCAACACUUUCACGUCGUGCACGUGAUGUAAUCGAACAAGCAUAUAAUGAUACCGUUGAUGAUGAUGUUAGAAAUCUGACAUUGGAAAGUCGAUUACAUGAUUUUGGUUUUCGGGGAUGUACCUCAAUAGAACAAUCUGUAAUUGGAGGUUCCGCUCAUCUGAUUAAUUUCGUCGGAUCUGAUACAAUGAGCGCUGGUUACUAUAUUCAAUUUAAACUCAAUAAUGGAAAACCUGUCGCCUCUUCCAUUCCAGCGACCGAACAUUCCGUUAUGACUGCGCAUAAAACUGAAAGAGACGCUAUUUUGCGUAUGAUCGAUCGGUUCGGUACUGGUAUAUUCGCUUGUGUAAUGGACUCUUUUGAUUAUGCUAACGCGUUAAAUAAAAUUUUGCCAUCAAUUGCGGCUCAAAAGGUUGAAAAGGGUGGUUUCAUGGUUCUUAGACCUGAUAGUGGUGAUCAAGUAGAAGUGGUUUUGAUGGCACUCAGAGCUGCUGAUAAAGUGUUUGGAAGUGAUGUAAAUAAAAAAGGUUAUAAAGUCAUUCGAGGUUGCGGUGUCAUUCAGGGUGACGCUGUUACCAUCGAAUCCAUGAAAAACAUUUUGCAUGCGGCUAAAGAAGCUGGAUAUGCGGCACAAAAUAUCGCAUUUGGCAUGGGUGGUGGAUUGCUACAGAAAGUUAAUCGGGAUACAAUGAGCUUUGCUACAAAAUUGUGUCACAUAACUUACGCUGACGGAUCUCGAAAGGACAUUAUGAAAAGUCCAAAAACAGAAACCGGAAAAAUUA